GACGCGCAGGCGCGGUGAGGCGGGGCCGUCAGUCCCGGAGGCUGAGGGGCCGCGGCUGGGUUGAAUCCGCUUCUAGCGGGGUCGCGGAACAGGACUGCGAGGAGGUGAGGCGGCGUGGGGCAACUGGCACCAUGUCGAGGCAGGCGAACCGUGGCACCGAGAGCAAGAAAAUGAGCUCUGAACUCUUCACCCUGACCUACGGAGCGCUUGUCACCCAGCUGUGUAAGGACUAUGAAAAUGAUGAAGAUGUAAAUAAACAACUGGACAAAAUGGGCUAUAACAUUGGAGUCCGACUGAUUGAAGAUUUUUUGGCACGCUCAAAUGUUGGAAGAUGUCAUGAUUUUCGGGAAACUGCAGAUGUCAUUGCUAAGGUGGCAUUCAAGAUGUACUUGGGCAUUACUCCAAGCAUCACAAAUUGGAGCCCAGCUGGUGAUGAGUUCUCCCUCAUCUUGGAAAACAACCCCUUGGUGGACUUUGUGGAGCUUCCUGACAACCACUCAUCCCUUAUUUAUUCCAAUCUCUUGUGUGGGGUGUUACGGGGAGCCUUGGAGAUGGUCCAGAUGGCUGUGGAGGCCAAAUUUGUCCAGGACACUCUGAAAGGAGAUGGAGUGACAGAAAUCCGGAUGAGGUUCAUUAGGCGGAUUGAAGACAAUCUCCCAGCUGGAGAAGAAUGACCAUCCCAGGACUGUUGGGUAGCCAGGAGGGGCUCCUGCUGGAACGAGUGCCCCAGCUCUGGAACUCAGUGACUCUUCACACCGAUGUUAUAUAUUCUUCUAACCUUAUUUCCAUUCUCCAUGCUAAUAAAGAGCAGACUGUAGAGUCCAUUUACCCUACAAGUGUGCACUUCAGAUGGGAAAUUCUUUCCUCCCUUUCCCUUCAGAGGGGCUGGAUGUACUUGCCCUUGGUUGGACUAAAAGAGCUCAAACUAUUUUACAUUCCUGUGAAUUUUCCAAAACAAAAUCCACUUUGACCCCAUUAAGAGACAAGCCUGGCACAUCUAUUCCUGAGCCUUCAUAAAGCCAUUGGCAAAUGGCUAUAGGGAGUCUAGGGUUGUGGAGGGGAGGAGGGGGUUGGGAAGGGGUGGGUAGGAAUUGCCGGCUGAAGUGUGACACACUGGAGUGCUUGCCAGGACACGGGAGCUGGUCGUGCCAGAAACACUGACUUCUGGGAAGCCACUCAGGUCUCAUUCCUCCCUGGGAUGUCCUGGGCAAUGUCUCCUCUUUUUACAAAAGGUCCAUCCUUUUUUCUUACAGAUUCUUCAAUAAAGACACAUUCUUGGUGAAAUCCCAA